GACGUCCGUGGUGCAGGUGACGUCCGUGGUGCAGGUGACGUCCGUGGUGCAGGUGACGUCCGUGAUGUGGGUGACGUCCAUGGUGCGGGUGACGUCCGUGGUGUGGGUGACGUCCGUGAUGUGGGUGACGUCUAUGGUGCGGGUGACGUCCGUGAUGUGGGUGAUGUCCGUGGUGCGGGUGACGUCCGUGGUGCGGGUGACGUCCGUGGUGCGAGUGACGUCCGUGGUGCGGGUGACGUCCGUGAUGCAGGUGACGUCCGUGAUGCGGGUGACGUCCAUGGUGCGGGUGAUGUCCGUGAUGCGGUUGAUGUCCGUGGUGCAGGUGACGUCCGUGGUGCCAGUGACGUCCGUGGUGCAGGUGACGUCCGUGGUGCGGGUGACGUCCGUGGUGCGGGUGAUGUCCAUGGUGCG